UCUUUCGUCAUCGGCAAUCUCAACCGAAGAAAUGGUGGACUCAGAAACAAUCGCAACAGUGAAUACUAAAUGUUUCUUUUGCGGAGGUAGUCGGCAUCUCAGAGCGAAAUGCCCUGCCAAAGACUGCAUGUGUCAUUCGUGCGGGAAAAAUGGACAUUUUUCGAAGGUUUGCAGGUCUCGCAACACUCCUAUAACCAAAACAAAAGUCAAAACAUCUCCUAGCCACAAGAUUAAAAGACAAUCUUGUAAAUAUUGUAGCUGCAUUAAGGACUCUACACAUCUAACAUCACUAAUUGCUACUUCGUCUGUACCUGGUUUAACUAAAUCAACAGUACACAUCUCUGUAAAUGGCGUGAACCUAAAAGCCCUAAUUGAUACAGGUAGCGGGGAAAGCUACAUUUCUUCAAACAUACCAAGAGAGUACGAUUGGUCAGUGACACGUUCAAAGCACAAAAUUUCUAUGGCGUCAUCUCAACUGUCAAGCGUCACAAGAGGCCACACGUUUGCAUCGCUAAAAUACAAAGGGGAAGUUUACAAUCAAUUCAAACUUUCGUUACUAGAUGAACUUUGCACUGAUGUAGUGCUUGGGUUAGAUUUCCUCGCAUUACACAAAGAACUGAUAAUUCCAUUCAACGGUGGUCGACCUGCAUUUCAUGUCUGCUCGCUCAAUGCUGUUAAGGUAGAGGCACCACAAUUGUUUGCAAAUUUAUCCCCUGAUUGCAGACCUAUUGCUACUAAAUCUCGUCGUUACUCCUUCCAAGACACACAAUUUAUUAAAGCUGAAGUUGAGAAAUUGAUACGAAACGGUAUCAUUGAACCUUCCAAAUCACCUUGGAGAGCUCAAGUCCUUGUCACGACCAAUGAGCGGCACAAAAAGCGAAUGGUCGUUGAUUAUAGCCAAACUAUAAAUAGAUUUACUUACCUGGACGCUUACCCCAUGCCUAGAGUGGAUGAAAUGGUGGAGAAAAUUUCCAGGUAUGAAAUCUUUAGCACAUUGGAUCUGGAGAGUGCUUAUCACCAAAUACCUAUCCAACAGAGCGAAAAGAAAUACACAGCCUUCGAAGCUUGUGGUAAACUCUACCAGUUUUGCAGAAUACCCUUUGGGGUCACUAACGGUGUAGCUUGCUUCCAGAAAACCAUAGACACUAUUAUAGAAAAAGAAAAGUUGUCUGACACGUUUGCCUAUGUCGACAAUGUAACAAUAUGUGGUACAGAUGUAGACUCCCAUAACAAAAAUCUGUUGCAUUUUCAGAAGGUAGCUCUGGAAUACGGAAUAACUUUCAACGAAAGUAAAAGUGUAUUUGCUACUAAGAAGAUCACCAACGGGAACAUCCUUGCCUACUUGGCUACAGAACCCAGGCAAAGUAUUACUAAAAUCCCCUGUAAGAUCUUCAAAAUUUGACCCAUUGGUACAAGAAGUUGAACUUAUUAGCUGCAACCCACAGUACGCCCAUAUACGAUUUCCAAACGGCCGGGAGGAGACAGUGUCGCUUAGGCACCUGGCGCCAAAGGAAAGUUCCACGAACGACUAUUUCGAACCAGAGAACGGUAUUCUGCCUCAAGAGGUCGGUGACUCUUUGGAUCUCUCACCAGGGAGUCGCUACGUGCCUGAAACUAUCAGUAAUUCACAGAGUCCCACCCCAAUGAUGUACAACCAGCCAGAAGUCAUCAGUGACUCACAGGUGAGCCACCCAAUGCCAGAGGCCAAUAUUGACUCGAGUCCCGUACAGGACAGUUACGACUUGCAAGGAGAAAAGUCUACGCCAGAGAUACCUCCGGAUCCUUCCCUUCAUACGCAUGGUUAUAACCUAAGACCCAGAAAGAAAUAAAGGAGGGGUGAAUGGAGUGAUCGUUAAAUGAACUUGUGUGUUACCCGUGCUUGUAAUCGUGCUAGUAUUUGUAAUCGUGUUCGCAUUAUCGUAGUCUGUGAAUCGUGACCAGUCUGUACUGUGUUAUUGUGUGUAUCAGUCGUGUUUUAUUGAAAUAAAGCCUUGUUUCUAAGGUUAUGAAUUGACUUAGUAUA